UAGAUCUUUAAUUACAAAAGAAGAAGAAGAAAUCUCUGAUGGAACACUUGUCCUUAUAUGGUAGAGGGAAAUUCAUUAUAUAACUCCUUUUAUCCAAGAGAUAUCUCUAACCAAAGUGGUGAGAGUCACAAACUCCAUUAUAGGGAUGGAUAUGGUGAACAAGAUACUCAGCAUUGUUCUUCCUCCUCUUGUUUUACUGUCUUUGUUUCUGUUAUCGCCAUUGUUAUGCCUCUUCAAGCUCUUCAACUGUGUAAGGAGACGCUUAAACACAGAGGAUGUCACCGGAAAAGUCGUCCUCAUCACCGGAGCUUCCUCUGGCAUAGGCGAGCAACUGGCCUACGAAUACGCACGUAGAGGGGCGCUUCUAAUGUUGGUUGAUCUGAGGGAGGAUCGUCUUCCGCCGGUGGCUGAGAAAUGCCGGCGGAUCGGAUCGCCGGACGUUGUAAGUGUUGGCGGCGAUGUGACUGUGGUCGAAGACUGCGAGCGGUUUGUCGAUGAAACCAUCAAUCAUUUUGGUCGAUUGGAUCAUUUGGUGAACAACGCCGGAAUUAUAGAAUUCCGAGCAUUUGAAGAUCACUCGCAACUCACCAACGCUGUUCGUCAAAUGGACACAAACUUCUGGGGUUCGGUUUUCGCAACACAUUUUGCGAUUCCCCAUCUCAAGAGGAGCAAAGGGAAAAUCGUGGUCAUGGCCUCGGCCUCGGGAUGGUUUUCAUACCCGAAACUUAGCAUCUAUGGCGCAACAAAGGCUGCGAUGAUAAACUUUUAUGAAACCCUAAGGAUCGAACUUGGUCCCGAAAUUGGAGUGACGAUCAUCGGUCCAGGGUUCACUAAAACAGAAAUGGCUACUCCAGAGAUCCUUGCAAAGGAAGGGUGGGGAUUCAUGCCGGUAUUGUCGGCGACGACCUGCGCGAAAAGCAUAGUCGACGGGGUUUGUCGGAAGGAGAGGUUUGUGACGAAGCCGUCGUGGAUCGGUUCCUUCUUCUGGGUUAAGACACUCUGCCCUGAGUUGACCGAUUGGUUCUGUCGUUUUCGCAUGAAGCCUAACUCCAAACACGAUUAGAAGGGAUCCUCACUAUUCUCGUCUUUUAUUUCAUCCUAAAAAUAAAAAGACUCUUUCUAUAUAUAUAUAUAUAUAUAUAUAUAUAUAUAUAUAUAUAGAUAUUGUGCUGUUAAUGAGAAACUAGUAUCCUGUACGGUAUAUACUUAAAAGACAUAAGUUGAACAAGAGACUAUAACUGUUUCUUGUCGUCCUUGUCUUGA